AUGGCUCCUCUGGUUCCUUCCAAAAAGUCCACUCCGGAGAAGCCCCAGCGGCCUGUCAUAAAUGACAACCCAGGGCUCCAAAAUCUGUAUAAAUCCUUCGAAUCGCGACUCGGCUAUUGGCUCCUUCUCGGGAACACACGUCACUUUGGGUACUGGGACAAGGAUACGUACUUGAUGUUUCCUUUGAACAAAGCCCUGCGAAGAAUGGAAGAGAAGCUAUACAGAGUGCUGGGUGUGACGGCUCCGGGUGCAAAAGUCCUGGAUGCCGGUUGUGGUGUUGCCCACGUUGCCCUCUACAUGGCAAACCACGGCUUACAAGUGACGGGGAUUGAUGUCAUGGACCAUCAUCUCGACAAGGCAAGGCGCAAUAUUGCUCGAGCCGGUCCAGUCGGGGCUCGAGUAUCAGUUCAGAAGAUGGACUAUCAUCACCUGGAGACGUUGGAGGCCGGAAGCUUUGACGGGGUGUACACGAUGGAAACCUUUGUUCACGCCACGGACCCUCUGCAAGUUCUAGAGGGCUUCCAUCGCCUUCUCCGUCCCGGCGGCCGCCUGGCCAUGCACGAGUAUGACCACGAUUACGAGUCAGACCAGGUCAUUGGAAAGACGCUGGCGAAGCUCAUGAGGGAGGUGAGCGAGUACGGCGCCAUGCCGACUUGGAAGCGGGCGAAGCGAGGGUUUUACAGGGAAAUACUCGAGGAAGCGGGCUUUGUGGACAUCCAGGAACACGACUACUCGGAAAAUGUGCGCCCGAUGCUACGCUUGUUUUGGCUCUUGGCUGCGAUCCCCUACUAUAUUAUUGUGUUUUUUCAUCUUGAGCGGUACUUUGUGAAUGCGAUUGGGGGGGCUCGCGGGUACUAUGCGCAGAAGUAUUGGAGGUAUCUUGCGAUUAGUGCCAGGAAGCCUGAUGUUGGAGAGGGUGUGAGGCAUGAGGAAUUCCUGUUGUCUGAGAAGCAGUGUUGA